GUCGAGAGGCUACUUAAACCCCUUGCUGCACCCUUCCAAUUCUUCUCAUCUUUACCAUACCGCAUAGACUUCUUGAUACCCAGAUCCUAGACAUAGAUAUAGAUCAUCAUCAUGUCCCAGAAGCCCCUAUUUGUGGCUACUCAUCCAAGGGCAUGUUCCACGGCUUUUGAGCGGGUUUUCAUGACCCGUCGGGAGACGCUCCAAACCGUUCAUGAGCCCUUCGGGGACGCCUACUACUUCGGCCCUGAAAGACUCCAUCCCAGAUAUGAGAACGACCCGGAGGCUCGAAAGGCCUCAGGCCAUUCCGACACCACUUUCAAGGACGUUUUUGAUGCCAUUGCCAAAGCUGGCGCAGAGGGCAAACGACCCUUCAUCAAGGACAUGGCCCAGUACUGGAUCCCACCAAACAACCAACCCGCCCAGAUUGCCCCCAGUCUCGCCUCGUACAAACGCGGCGUCGGCACCGACACCCCAUACCCAUUCAACACUCAGGGUGAGGAAGGGAACCCGACAGUCGUGCCUAAGGAUCUCCUCGCAAAGUUCCAAUUUGCCUUCCUGAUUCGCCAUCCGAAGUACAGUGUUCCGAGCUACUACCGCUGCACGAUUCCGCCGCUCGAUAAGCUUACCGGGUUUUACAACUUCAGACCCGAUGAGGCUGGUUAUAGCGAACUACGCCGACUCUUUGACUACCUGCGCUCUGUUGGGCAAGUGGGCCCCAACCUCGCGGGCGAAACCCAUGGCCAGGCCGCUACCGACGGGGAAGCAAGUGGCGUACCCAUCACGCUCAUCGACGCCGACGACCUCCUCGACAAUCCUUCGGGCAUAAUCGAAGCCUUUUGCAAGGGCACGGGCGUGAAGUACGAGCCUGACAUGCUAAAGUGGGGGGAUGAGAAACAUCAAACUUAUGCUAAGGAGGUGUUUGCCAAGUGGCCCGGUUUCCAUGAGGAUGCCUUGGAUAGCGACGAGCUCAGGGCGAGGACGCAUAAAAAAGAACCCAAAUCGGACGAGCAGCUCUUCGCCGAAUGGACCGAGAAGUACGGCGAGGAAGGCGCCAAGGUGAUUCGCGAUACUGUCGCCGCCAAUGUCGCGGACUACGAGUACCUGAAGCAGUUCGCGAUUAAGCUGCCAGUGGCGAACUAGGAGCCUGGGAGAUCUGCAUCUGGGAUGUAGGGAAAGCGAACGUCGUGAAGGAAGAAAUGGGGGCCGGUGAGCGGGCGGUUUUGGGUGGUUUGUGCACUGCUUCGUUGUAUUCUUCGUGAAGCUAGGACAUAUGUUAAGGGGUCGAGGUGAUUGACGGGGGAGAACAGGCUAGGUCGUAAGCUCUACUUAGUUUCUCAA